AUGGAGCUCUACUACAAGAAUGGCAGUUUCCAAAAGUACUGCCUCUCGGUGCGGCAAUCGAUCGGGGAGGAUCGCUUCGCCGAGUUUGCCAAGCUCCGUAGCAACGAGGACCGGUUCCGGUUCGUGAACGGGUUGAGUUCCAUCGUCGACGAGCUUCGGCUGAAGCGCGAGUUCAAUGGCAAGUGUAUGGAACAGGCGAUCGUGUUCAAGACGCUGGGCAACAAGGCGUUCAAGGGUGAAAGCUGGGCCGAGGCGCUGGUGUUCUACAACAAGUGCUAUCUGUCUACGCCGCAGCAGAACGUCCAGGAGAAAGCCAUCAUCCUGGCGAACCGCAGUGCCGCGCUGUACCACCUGGAACGGUACGAUCUCGCGCUGAAGGAUAUCGAGCGUGCCCUCGACCAUCGCUAUCCGAAGCAGAUGCUGUACAAGCUGACCGAGCGCAAGGCGCGUUGCUAUUUGGCCAAGAAGGAUCACGAAGCUGCGCUGGAGUGCUUCAAGGCCACGGUGACGGCGCUCGACGAGUCUGAUCUUCCUCUCGAGCGGAAGCAAAAGCUCGAACGUGAUGCCCAGAUCAUGAUCAACCUUUUGCCACAAAACAUCGAGAUGGAGAGGAAGCUAAAGAAAAAGGCCGCCUCGAAGAAGGGCGCAAAAGCAACCGACCGAACCGCACCCACCGCCCCGGAGCGGUUCAUCGACAAGUGGCUGUGGUUCGAUUACAGCGCGGAUGAGGGACGAUUCGCUAGGACAAGCGCGGACCUGCAACCAAACACGAUAUUGCUGCUGGAGCGUCCCCACGUGUCCACGCUCCUCGAGGACUACAGUCUGGAUCACUGUGCGCACUGCUUCAAGCGCGCCGCGGUUCCGAUUGCCUGUGCCCUGUGUUCCGACGUGGUGUUCUGUUCGGACGAGUGCGAAACGAAGGCAAACGGAUCGUACCACCGGUACGAGUGUGGUUUUCUGCCGACCCUGUGGGCUUCGGGAGCAUCCAUCACGUGUCACAUGGCGCUCCGCAUGAUCACACAGCAGCCGGCCGAGUACUUCCUCCGCAUCAAGCCGGAACUGGCGGGCCUGACGCCGCACGAUGAGAUCGAUCAAUUACCGGUGGAGGAUUACCGUAAGGUGUACAAUCUGGUCACCCAUGAAGCGACUCGAUCGGCCGAGGAUUUGUUCCAGCGUACACUGAUGGCCACACUGCUUGCUUCGUGCCUUACCCUGGGCAGCUAUGCGGCGGGCAGUGGAACGCCGGACUUCAUUGGAGGUCUGUUGCUGCACAAUCUGCAGUUGCUGCAGUUCAAUGCGCACGAAAUCUCCGAACUGAUCCGCGAGAAGGAGGAGGACGACAUCGGUAAGUCGACGUUCAUCGGCGGUGGCCUCUAUCCGACGCUGGCCCUCUUUAAUCACUCGUGCGAUCCGGGCGUGACACGCUACUAUCGCGGCAAUCAGGUGUGCGUGCGGACGGUGAAAACGAUAGCAGCCGGCUCGAUGGUGGCCGAAAACUAUGGGCCCCUGUUUACGCAGGUCCCACGUGAGGAGCGCCGGGAAACGUUACGCAACCAGUACCGAUUCGAGUGCCUCUGUGAGCCGUGCGUUGCCAGCUGGCCGCUGUUUAAGGACAUGGACCCUUCGGUCAUCCGAUUCCGCUGCGAAGGGGGAAAGAUUUGCUCGAACGUGCUACUUAUUCCGAGCGAGAUCAACGAUUUUAUGGUCCAGUGCACGGAGUGUGGUGAGCAUACGAACAUCAUGAAGGGGCUGAAAUCGCUCCAGGACACGGACAAGCUUUUCCAGACGGCUACGAAGCUGCACACGGCCGGGGAAUACGAAGCCGCGCUGCGGAAAUACGUCGAAAUGAUGGUGGUAAUGAGUGAGGUGUUGGUUCCGCCGUACCGUGACUACCAUCUGUGCCAGCAAGGACUGCGGGCCUGUAUGCUGGAGUUCGGUAAUCGGCAUACCAAGAUGGUGGUGAAGAAGUAG